UCUCAGUCGCACGAGUGCAAAUUUCUGCCGAUCCCGAACGUGAUUAUUUUAUGCAUCACAAGAACAGGUUCGAGGUGCAAGAACCCACACCACCUCUGUAGGCAGUGUGGUCAAAGAACGCGUUCGUGAGCACAUGUUCUCGUUAUUCGCGACUACAAGAACGGAGCACAAGAAGAACGGGAAUGGCGGUCUCGAACGCACUCAUAAUUUCGCUUUUGACAGUCAACAACAUUAAAGAAGUCAUAGUCAGAUCUAUUUUUGAGUGAUAUGUAAAGAUGAUUAUAAAGAAGGGAUGAAAUUAUCAAUGAGGACUUUGUUAUUUGUUAAUUGAAUACCAAUUGGAAGUUGUACAGAUUAACGACCUGCACAAGAUGGCAGGCUCCUAUAGUUUCUUCCAGCAGCUCCCGGACUCUGUUCUUUUCCAUGUUUUCUCAUUUCUAGACGGAACAUCUCUUUCUAGAGUGUCCUGUGUUUGUGAGCAAUGGAAUAGAGUGGCUUUAGAUGAGGUCUUGUGGCGGGAUCUGGUGUUUGGGAUUAUCAGGAAACACGCCCCUCUUCCUCGGGGUAAGGACAGCUGGAGGGGAGAAUACGAGCGUCUAACACACCACGCCCCCACGGAACUGUCGCAGGAAGUAGCAGGUCAUACAGAUGAGGUUUACUUCCUGAACUUCUCUCCCAGCGGGAAAUACCUUGCCUCAGUUGGAAAAGAUGGUACUUGCAGGUUAUGGAAUUAUAACUAUAAGAUCACCCAACAGAGUACAGCAGGCCCCUUCUUUGAUCCGCCUCCAAAAACUCGGUUUUGUGAGUUUAACGAAUCAGAGACGAUGUUAAUGGUGACCGGACUGACACGUUAUUUUGACAUGGAUGGAAACAUGUUUGUUGCUGUUUUGUCUGUCCCAGAUCUCUGUCUGCUGUCUGCUAUAAAGGGAGAAUACCCAAACUUCAGAGGAGCCUGGCUGAACAACACACAGUUCCUUAUUGACAGUUAUUUACUUAACCAAGGCAACAGCUUUUUACUGGAUGCUCAUGAGGUGAGAUUGAGUUCCGAAAAGAAGGGGAGAAAAAUAGAAGAAUUGUUUAUAAAAUGUGCGACUGAAGGAAGGGCUGUUCUAAAGACCUCUCCUAGCUCCAAGAGUGACUUCAUCAGAGUGGUGGAUCCCAGAAAAUGGGGAGACUUAAGUCAGUAUUAUGACUUUACAGAGAAGUGGGGUGGGGAUAGAGAUGUAGGACCUAGUUCCUCUGGGUUUGAUGUCAAUAAUGGUGGGGACCAGGCAGAUUUGGGAGUAAGGAAGACCGACACUGAUCUUUCUGAUAUAGAAAUGGAUUGUGAUGAAUUUGAUGAUGAUGCAGAGGAUAUCAAACUGAAACCUGAAGGUAAACAACAUUGUGAGGAAGAUUUAAAUGAUGAAGAUUUCUUGGAGGAUGAGGACGACUUGGAUCAUUUAUAUGCUUCUGAUGCUGGAGAUUUUAAUCCAAAUGAUUAUUCAGUGUACAACAAGUUGAUUGGAAGAGGCAAAUUAAUGGCUAAACAGAGGCAACCAGAAGCAAAGAAGAAUCAGACAAAGAACGAGGUUGGCGAGAAGUCAUACUCUGACACCAUCAGGGAGAUACAGGCCAGUGGUGGAAAAAUCGUUCUCAUGGUUCACUCAUAUAAUCGUGACGCCGAAAAGUGUCUGAUAGCUUUGUAUGCUGUAAAGGACGGGGACUCCGGAGUAAAAAAUUUCACCAAAAACAUCACCAAACCGUUCAAAACCCUGACGAUGGAUGCAGGAAUCGUGGGCCUGCGAAUCUCUCCAGAUCACAGAUACCUGGUGUUCUGCAGUCGUGCUGUGGCAAAUUCUAAUAGGUUUGAUGAGGUGUUUGAACGAGACAUUCUUACAAUUGUGUAUGAUCUGAUUCUCGACCAGUGUGUGAGGACUGUGUAUGUGGGGAGCUCCGCCACCUCCCCUUCCCACUUGAGUUACAUUUUCCCUGACAUCAGUAAAGAUUUUGUCGCCACGGGAGAUGAGGAAAUGAAAGGACAUCUCUGGGACAGGCAUUAUGGUAUAGCAAUACAGUCCAACAUAGCGCAUCUGGAUUGUGGCGAACGAGCGUGUGGACUGAAUGCGGUGGUGUUUCACCCCCACGAUCAAGAAACACUUGUCACAACGGGAGAUGACAAACUGCUGAAAGUCUGGAGGUCAAAGUACAGACUGGCUGAGAUGUCAGGACCAUCCAAUACCAUAUCUAAAAACAAGGAAAUCAGACACAAGACAGAAGCCCAUCAAUUCCGUGACCUUCACAAAGAAAAUGAUGAAGCGCAUCAAUCACAUGACUUUUAUGAAGGUGAUACAGAUGAUGAUAAGAAUACAAAGAAGAGCCACCCACAGCGCCAACAUAAACUGUGUUGCUGUGUCAAAAAACAGGAUUCCAAAUAGCAGUUUGAUUGCGCAUAUUACAUGUCCUGAUCACGGCUCUAUGUUGACUGUUACGCCCUGAUUAAUCUGGUGACGUAGUCGAUGACAGUGACAUAUUCAUGUGACUUUUUGGAUUAACCCAGGCGUAUUUUGGGAAUCUGUGUUCCUGUUCGUUUGAAGAAUACAUAAUCAUACACUAGCAUGUCCUUUAUAGAUUCAUUUAUCAAACCUUUUUGAAAGUGUUUGUUGUUUCGAGGGAAAAAAAUCCUAGCAGGUUGGGAUGAGUUUUUUAAAUUGAAAAUCCUAUGGUUAACUAUAUAUUUUAAAAUGUUUGAGCUUGUUAUUUAAAAAUUCUCACAGUCACUGUUUUAUGAGUCAGUUUUGGUUAAAAUUAGAUCUGAAAUCAACAUCAUUGGAAGUCAUAAGUUAGUUUCAGGGAUAGAGUCCAACAAAGAAGGUCUAGAAGGAGCCUGCAUCAAAAAUCAACAUUAAGUAAAGUAAGUAAAUUUCAAGAAAGUCUAGAAAAAUGUUUUCACAAACAGACACUAAAACGUGGCAGGGCAGUAAUGAUAUUGCAGAACGAGUUCCUAUAAAUAGUGCAAGUGUCAGCUCAGUCUGACCAUUGACUAUUCAGUUGGGGUGAAAAAUGUGUUUUUCACCCUGUUUUUAGCUCACCUGAGCUGAAAGCACAAGUGAGCUUUUCUGAUCACCUGUAGUCCGGCGUCCGUCCGUCUGUAACUUUUAACAUUUUUGACUUCUUCUCAAAAACCACUAGGCCAAUUUCAACCAAAGUUAGCACAAAGCAUCCUUGGGUAAAGAGAAUAUUAAAUUGUUAAAAUAAAGGGCCAGGCCACCUUCCAAGGGGAGAUAAUCAAGAAAAGAUAAAAAUAGAGUAGGGUCAUUAAAAAAUCUUCUUCUCAAGAACCACUGGGCCAGAAAAGAUGAAAUUUAUAGAUAACCUUUUUUAGGUAGUGCAGAUUCUAAAUUGUUCAGAUCAUGGCCCCCGGGGGUAGGAUGGGGCCACAAGGGGGGAUCAAAGUUUUACAUACAAAUAUAUAGGAAAAAUCUUCUUCUCAAGAACCACUGAGCCAGAAAAGCUGAUAUUUACAUGAAAACUUUCUGACAUAGUGUAGAUUCAAGUUUGUUCAAAUCAUUGUCCCUGGGGGUGGGAUGGGGCCACAAGGGGGGGAUCAAAGUUUUACAUACAAAUAUAUAGGGAAAAUCUUUAAAAAUCUUCUUUUCAAGGACCACUGAGCCAGAAAAGCUGAUAUUUACAUGAAAGCUUUCUGACAUAGUGUAGAUUCAUGUUUGUUCAAAUCAUGGCCCCCGGGGGUAGGGUGGGCCCACAAUAGGGGAUCAAAGUUUUACAUCCAAAUAUAGGAAAAUUCUUUAAAAAUAUUCUUCUCAAGAACCAUUGGGCCAAAGAAGUUGACAUUUACAUGAAAGCUUUCUGACAUCGUGUAGAUUCAAGUUUGCAAAAAUCAUGGCCUCCAGGGGUAGGUUGGUGCCAUAAUAGGGACUAAGGUUUUGCACGCAAAUAUAUAUGGAAAGUCUUCAGAUAUGGGCCAAGGUGUCUCAGGUGAGCGAUAUGGCCCAUGGGCCUCUUGUUAUUAUUGCAAUUGGUUGUCCGUUUUGUCUGCCGUGUGUUAACAAUUUACAAUAUUGUAACUUCUUGAUAACGACCAUUCUAAUUCUUUUCAAAUUUGGUAUGAUGCAUUAUUAAGACAAGGGGGCAUAAAUUGUAAAUUUCAGAACUCCUGCACCCCUGGGGCCUUAGGGGUGGGGCAAAAAGGUAAAAAAAUUGACCAAUUUUCUAAAAUCUUCUAUGCUACCGCACAUAUUUAAGAAAAACUAAAUGCAUUGUGAUGUAGAACAGGAGGGUCACUACCAAAAUUGUAAAUUUCAUGAUCCCCAGGGUAGGGGUUCUGACCCCAGGGUGGGGCUAAACUUUGUACUAAGUGUUUAUGUGUAAAACAGUGAAAUAACAUUUUCUUUAGUGCUAUUGAUACUUAAUUAAAACUAAAUGGAUAUUUAGAAAGAGCAGGUAGUCCUUUACCAAAAUUGUAAAUUUGAUGAUCUCGGGGGUAAGGGUUUUGAAUCAGGGCGGGACCAAAAUGGUCAUUUAUUAAAUAUGUGAACAAUGGAACAUUUUAAGUUCUUCAUAAACAUGAUACAUAAAUACCAUUCCAAUUCUUUCAGAUUUUUUUUUAUGAAGCAUCAACGUUAAAAAAAAAAAAACAACAACCCUGAAUCAACUUCAUAACAACCAUGCCAUUGUACCUUAUAUAAAUCGAGUUGACCGCUUUGGCUCCGAAGUCAUGGAAUAGAUAAAAUUGUCCUUUCAAUAGCGAUUUUAAAAGUAUACUUAUAUAUACGUAAACCCUGAAACCUCUUGUCACUCUGUAACAUGGUUUUAACUAACACUAUAUUGGUGAAUUGUAUUUCCAUUGUUUAAAAAACAGUAUCAUGAUAUUGAAAUAUACAUGUGUGUACCCGUUUAUGUUGCCCACUCUGGCGUCAUGGAUACUGGUUCGAAUGCAUAUAAUUAUCUUGUUCCCUUUUUGGGGUUUUUUCAAGAUGUUUUGAAAAGAAUUCCUUGUUAUUCUUAUUUUCAGCUUUUAACAUCUGUUAUUGUUCAUGUAAGGAGAAUGCCAUCUUCGCAAGCCAAGUGUCUGAUGAGAGUAAACGAAUCGGACACUUGGCUUGCGAAGAUGGGAGAAUGCCUGCAUAUCGAUCUGACAAAAUUUUAUCAUAGUUCUUCUUUUUGUUUCUAUAUUUUACAUUUUUAGAUUCAUAUAGAGACGUCACCAAACUUUAGGUGAAAUUCGACAAAGGAGUAGAGCGCACUUCGUAUGCAAUUUCGCCUACACAAAUACUUUUUUCUUGAAUAUAAUUUUUUAAAAAUAUUCUGCUAAUUACAAUGUCAGUUUAUACUUGUGUUAACCCACAUUACUUAAUAAAGAUAUCGAUAUGUU